AUGUUACAAAUAUUCUUAAUAAUUGCAUUUACUCUAACGUGUACCGCAAGCCCCUUUCAUAAAUAUCCAUUCGUUUUUCUGUUGGAUGUCGGAAAUGAAGAACUCGGUACAAAUAACGCUGAACAAAUCAAAGUAUCCGUGCCAGGAGGGUCGUUGGCUAUAAAGUAUCCAGCUACUGGUGAUGGUGAUAUCAUUGGCCACAUUAGAGUCACAGGAAUAGAUUACGGUACGGACCUAAAAGCUAAUAUUGUUGAAGGUGGACCUGGAUAUAGAUACGUUGUUUUAGUUUUCACGGGUAAUUUAGGAGUACAAUAUGAUACUGUUGUGACCAUACAGACUAUGAGCGAUGAUAACUUAUAUAAAAAAGAAGCAGACAGUAAAGGUAUAAGUAUCGAGACUGGCAGCUAUGAAGUGAAGGAACAAGAAGAUGAUCUGAACAACAGUGCCGAAGAAACUGAUGAUGAACCAGAAAUGAAGUUAGUUUAUAGUGAGAAAAUGAAUGCCGAAUUAAUGCAGUCUAGUUCAAAUAUGUAUAGGUACGAGAAAAAUGAAAACUUUCAGGUGAAUGAACAAGAUGAUAGUUCAGACGAAGGAGAUGAUGAAAACGAAGAAUAUAAUAAGAGCGAUGAUAUUGAUGACCAAAUAAGUAACUCUCUUUCAAAUUCAAAUUCUGAAGCGAUCGAUGAUUCUGAUGAUUCUCUAAGCAAUUAUGAACAAAAAGAUAACGCUGAAGUAAACAGUCCGGAAGAAGAUGAUGGUGACGAUGAUGGUGUUAUUGAUUUACAGAAAGAUGACACGGGGAUUCCGAUUAAAUUAAUCAGUGUUUACGGUAAAUUUAAUGCCUUUAAGUCCCCAUAUUAUGGCGAUGUAAUGUUGUAUCCCCAGGUCGCACUGCCGCAAGACAGGGUCUUUGUAGACCAUUCUGAAAAUGAUGAUGGACAGUUAAAUAAUGAAGAACAGUCCAAGGACUCUAAUAAUAAUGCUAAUGAUUAUGUUUCAUCUGUAGAGUAUUAA